AGAUUAGCACAUUCUAUCACACUAUGGCCGAAGAUAAAACAGGAUUCAAUGAUCCAAUUCAUGGCUACAUGGAAUUUGAUCCUCUGUUGGUCGCCAUCAUUCACACUCCGUGUUUCCAAAGAAUGAAAGACAUCAAGCAGCUGGGAGCUUCGUACUGGAUCUUCCCUGGUGCUUCCCACAAUCGUUUUGAACACUCACUUGGCACUGCGCACUUAGCUGGGAUGAUGAUUGAAAGAUUGAAAGAUGUUCACAAACGAGACAAAAAGACCACCGAUAGGAACCACCAACAUUAUAUCACCGAUGAGGAAGUCUUGUGUGUCAAAAUUGCUGCUCUCUGCCAUGUACGUGCGUAGAAAAAUUGAGAAAUUUUUCCUAGAAAAAAAUUCUUGCAAAAAUUCUUAUUUUAAGCAAUAUUUUGCUUAAAAUAAGAAAAACGAGGGAAAAUAUUCUUAUCAAAAAUUAAUCUGACUUAAAAAUUGUUCUAACGAAGGAUAAUUGUUUUCUUAAAACAAGCAAAAGUUCUUGCUAUUACCAAAAAUAUUUCUAUAAUUAAAACAGGCAAAACGUCUUGCUAUAUUCUUGACAAGAAUAAUUGCUGACUUAAGACAGUCAUUGGUUCUUGUUAAUAUUCUUGUCAAGAUUAUAUGUUUCCUUAAAGUACUGAUAAGCAAAGAGUGUCACCAAGAAUAUUUGUUUUUAAGAAACAUAGUUGCCGUUUGAUAGGCUUACUAAGAAUAUUUGUUCAUAUACAGUACUUAAAACAAGCAAAGUUUGCGUGUAAAUCCUUGACAAGGAUUAAUAUCUGUUUUCUAGAAACGUGUACUUUAUCUACAAAUUGAAUUUUGCCAUGCUCAUAAUUAUUUUGCUCAUAUAUUUAUGUAGUUAGCAAGCAUGAACAUUCAAAUGACAUUGUUUGAUAACGUACUGCGAAACAGCAUUAAAUUGUGCUUCAUAUUAAAAAAGUUCUGUUAUUGUUUUUCUAUAUUUCACAGGACUUGGGCCAUGGGCCUUUUUCUCAUGUGUUUGAUACACGAAUGAAAACGAAAUUGAUCGAAUACCAUAAAAAUGAAAUACAUAGAUUGUCGGAUGAGCAAUGCGAAGAUGAUGAUAAGAACUACCACGGUGCACAAGCAAAGAAAUUGAACGAUUGGGAGCAUGAAGAUGCAUCGUGUGCCAUGUUUGAUCACAUCUUGAAGACCACCGAUGGACUAAAAGAUGCCUUUGCGGAGAAAAAGCUUGGUGAGAAAGAGCAGAAACUUAUCAAAAAUAUCAUUAAAGGUAAACAUCCGGCUGAAGAUGACAUCACGGAGGUCCCUACAACUUUAGAUGGCAAACUGAAGAAGUGGUUUCUAUUCGAAAUUGUUGCCAAUAAAAUAUACGAAGUUGAUUGUGAUAAGUUCGAUUAUUUUGCCCGUGAUUGCCACAACCUGGGAAUGAAGAGCAAUUUCGAUUAUCUUCGCUACAUCAACAAUAUUCAAAUCAAAUUAUUGGAUGGAGACGGUGGGCUACACUUGUGUCCACGCGAUAAGCUUGUCUUUAAUAUAUACGAGCUUUUCCAUACCCGAUGGUCAUUACAUCAUCGCGCCUAUCAACAUAAGACCACGAAAGCCGUCGAGGAAAUGAUUACCGAUGCUCUUAUUUUGUUAGAAGAGAAAUACAAGUUUUCGGAGGCAAUAUUUGAUAUGGAGAAAUAUUCCAAGCUCACCGAUAGCAUAUUUUACGAAAUCUUGCGCAGCAAUGAUACAGACGAAAAGACCAAGAAAGCACAAGAAAUUCUCGAAAGGAUCCAGCGGCGAAAGCUGUAUAAGCUUUAUGGCGAGUUUCAGCCUGACAAAAAAUUGAAUAUUGACGAUUUGGAGGCCGCUGCUGAAGAAAUAGCGAAAUUAUCCGGAGGCCUUGUAAAAGCGAAUGAAUUAUUUGUUAGCAUUGUUAAAAUUCAUUUUGGCAAAGAGGAUCAAGACCCCGUAAAAUCUGUUAUAUUUUACAAUAAAGACGGCGAUAUUGCUGAUUCAAGGUCUGGAGAUGACGUGAGCAGAAUGCUUCCACAGAAAUUCUCCGAGCAAUACGUUCGCCUUUAUGGAACGGAUAUCGACAGCGACAUGAAAAAAGAGAUUGCCAAGGAAUGUUUUGAGAAGUGGAAUGCAAAAUAUAAAUCCAACUCGGAUGAUUAAUCGUCUUGCAGUUGUCGUAGAAAUAUUGCUUGGAGUGGCAGCACUUUUGAAAUACUUAAUAGUUAAAUAAUUUCAUUUAACCUCCACUUCUCUUUUAAACCAAUGGUAUUAAUAGCCAUAGUGCCAGUAGUAUAAAUCCAUUUGUGUUAAAUAAUUUAAGCAUAAUUUCGACUUUGAUGUUAACAAACUACUUUAGGGCGAUCAGAGAUAGUGUACGAACAGUAAACACAUGCUUUGUUUAGUUGUGGUUCAGAUUCACAUUUUCCAUGUUUUUACAUAAUUAAGGUAAUUUUAGUUGUUUUACGCAUAUUCGUAUAUGUCAUGCAUUUAAAUGUUAACAAAUAAUAAAAUCAAAAUAAAAAGCGAG